AUGGAUUCCGAUGGCCCUGAGACCCAGCCGACCCAGCAGGCUACCCAGAAUGUCCUCGAUCCCCGCCGCUUGGGGAAGCAAAACUCGGGCUUUUCAGAUGACGACAUCGCUGAUAUAAUAUGUCUCCUCCUGCCUUACUCGGACGGCGCCCGCGCCGAGCUUCGCGAGAUGGCCCUGCGAACUUCACAACACAUGGUCGACGCGGACGAGGCAGCACAUCCCGAUCUACAAGCAGCCGAGGGCAUGAGCCUCAUGCCGCACCUCGUCGGCGAGCAUGCCAUGGUUCUGCGUCUGUCAGCUCAUGUCAAAGACCCUCUACAGGGCUUCACGUUUGGACGGAACCUUACACGUUGUGAUGUGUGCUUCCAUAACGAUCCUAUGAGGAGGCUCAGCAACAUACAUUUUCGCAUCUACCUCAACGAGUACGGCGUCCUUAUGCUCGAGGACUCUUCCAUAAAUGGCACGGUUGUCGAUGGAACACUGCUGAAGGCCAGGCAAGGUGAUCGAGCAAAGACAGGAGAGAAGAAGCUACCGAAGCGCAGGACUAUCAACCCAGGUUCGAAGAUACAAAUCCUCAUGCACGAGGGCCAGGAUGACUUGGACUUUAUCGUUCAAAUCCCACGCCGGGAAGGUGACUAUGAGGAGGCAUACAGAAGAAAUUUGACCCGUUACAUGAAGCGUCUACAACAGAUCCGGGCUGAGAACGAGCCUGUCGACGCGGCCAAAACCAUAACAGCUGGACCAGGGGGCCAUGUUGAUCUCUUCCCUGUGAACGAAAUAAAAGAGCAGACGCCGCGCGCCAAGCGUCAACUUCGACUACCAGAUGAUCCAACACAGGAGGACAUGGGAAGAUUACCCAAAGAGUGGAAUGGCUCAAACAGGUACAACCGUGUUGGGCGCAUCGGCAAGGGCGCCUUUGCUACGGUUUACAAAGUGACUGCGAAAUUCGACGGGAAGCCGUACGCCGCUAAGGAGCUUGACAAGCGGAAAUUCAUGAAAAACGGCGUGCUCGAUCAGAAAGUCGAGAACGAAAUGAGAAUCAUGCAGAAAGUGAAACACUCGAACAUUGUUGAGUACAUUGAGCACAUUGACUGGGGUGAUCGGCUUAUGAUCAUUAUUAUGGAAUAUGUUCCCAACGGUGAUCUUGGCAGCCUGAUCGGCGACAACGGACCCCUUAGGGAAGACAUCGUCCGGGAGAUGUCCAGCCAAAUGCUCAGUGCGCUGUCAUACCUGCAUGCCAACAAUAUCACUCAUCGUGAUGUCAAGCCAGACAAUAUUCUCUGCCAGUCAUACAGUCCUUUCAUCGUUAAGUUGACAGACUUUGGGCUCUCCAAGAUGGUUGAUACUGAGCAGACUUUCUUGAAAACAUUCUGUGGCACACUCUUGUACUGCGCCCCAGAAGUAUACAACGAGUUCGCAGAAUACGAUGAGUACGGCCACAGGCACCCAAGAAACAGGCAGCGCCGCAAACCUGUCGCUCAACGAUACGACCAUGCUAUUGACAUCUGGUCGCUGGGCGGCGUACUGUACUAUACGCUGACAGGGAAUCCUCCUUUCCCGGCAAAGAACGGAAUCAGUUACACCGAGCUUCUCCACCAAAUCAUGACCAAGAAAUUAAAUACAGAGCCACUGGAGAAGAUGAACAUAUCAGAAGAUGGAAUCGACUUUUUGUUGAGAAUAAUCCAGAGACGCCCAGAACAGCGUGCGACGAUAGAGGAGCUUCGGUCUCAUGCGUGGCUUCAAGGCACCGGUUUUUCUCAGCAGUCGAACGAGGACGAUGUUGAUGAAGGCCUCCAAAAGGAAGCCUCCCAAUUGAGCCUCCAGGAUAGAGAUUCUCCGGUACGGAUUCCAGCCAGCGACGAUGGGGUCGACAACGAUGAGGACCUCAACUUGGAGCAGUAUGACGGGGAAGGAGUCGAUGAUGUGGAUUUCAUUGGCUAUGCAUCUCAAAAAGAGAAUUACACGUUCGGCCAGAUGGAUCAACAGCGCUCAAAGCUCUUUGGAGAGGUCAACGGGUCAGCCGUCGGUAGUGCAGGAAUCAUCCCGUCAACUCGUCUGAAUCUUCCCGAUUCAAUAGUGAGCUUGGACAGGACGGAAAUCCUCGAUCCCGAGGUCCAGGACAGCUACGGAUCAGAAGACUCGACACCUCGGCAGACCAAGAGGUCUCAGCCUACUCCGCGCGCUGCCGUUCCAGCAGCUCUAACGCAGAGUCGUCGGUCUGCCAGUCGCUCUCUCGACGAGAUCAACAAUAUGACAUUUGAUGCCGAAUCCCAAGAUCUCGCAGGCGCGGAGUCCCAGUUGGAGCAUCUGAACAUGAAAUCGUUGCUUCCAUCAAAUGGUCUGUCUUAUAUAAGCAGCUUCAACACAAGCAAGAGGAAACCUGGUUACGACACAAGCGAUGAGUUUGACAACACACCUAGAGCGCGACCACCUGUCAAAAAACUCAGAUCCGAUAGCCUCUUUGGCGACGCCAUGAGCUGGGACGAAGACAUCGAACAGGCCUUGUACGCACAGAUUCCACCGCUGUCUCGCGUCAAUUCAAGCAGGCAGAUCGAUAAGCCUGUGCACAAGUCGACAUACUGGGAUGCACGCGACAAGGGAACUUGGCAUCUCAAGUACCCAGAGAUGACUCAAUUGCAACACGACGCGUUUGCAUCAGCAGCGAAAAAACUCGGGGAGUCUUUUGCUCCAGGAAAAUCUGCAAUCUGGGACAUGGCGAUGAAGCAUUUUCCUCCUGCAGCUGGACAGACACCACCACCUGACCUCGGCAACAGUACAUCCGAUGUCGACUCGAGGGCAUCAGGGCACAGGUCCGAUGCAUCCAGUGACCAGAUCUUGCCUUUGGAAAACACAGGAAAUGAGGACGAAGACAUGCCUGACACGCUCCCCCCAGAUCACGCCACUGUCAUUCCGGCUCACGCGGAUCCACCGCUUAACAGAGUCGUUGCCACUCUUGAGUCAGCGGACGGAUCUGUCGUAUCUGGCAUAUCGGUACCGAUCAAUCAAGCCAUGAUUUCCUGGGGACGAGCCCCUGAAAACACUCACAUCUACACACCAAAAACGGAGUCCAAGGUGCCCAAGUAUGCUCUCAAAGUUAUACUUUGGAAAGAUGGCUACGAGCCAUCCAAGAACUUUCGCCCAUGGAACAAUGCAGCCGACGACUUCCAUUUCUACGUUUCCACCAAAGCUACCAACGGCAUACAAAUCAACAGGGCCGUCCUGCCAUCUGACGAACCCAAAAACCCUAAAGGCCCCUCUAAGAACUGGAUCCGGCUGCAUGAUGGGGAUACGGUAACGUUCUGGAGAUCCGGCGACGACGACGAACAGCUCAAGGCCAAACUCAUAUUUCACUGCAGCUGGGGUGGUUCAUCACGGCCUCGGGCCACGCCGGCCGAGUUGGUCUCGCCAGACCUCGCUGACAACUUGGAUACGUCUUGUCGUAAGGCUGAAGAACGCAUCAAGAAGCUAGCGGAGUACGACCACAGUCUGGAAGCAGCUGAUCUUGACGCCCUAGAGCGGCACAAAAACAUUGAGAGGGAGCGGCUCCGGUCGCAGAACUUUGAGAUUAAGCGACUCGAGGCUUGCCGAAUGCUGGCCAUGAGGGCCAGUCGUCGCAGCUCACCAGCAUGUGCAUCGCCGAUUGCACCACCGUCCUCGGCGCCACCAGCUGUAAUGACCGGAGGUAGCGCAAUCGCAAGACAUAGGAGUAUCCCGGCCUUGAAGCAUGCAGCUUCGGGUCUAGACGCGCGUGCACUACAGACCAUGGCUGAGGAGUAA